ACAGUCUUCGAGAGCACCCAAAGAGUUCAUAUGUGACAAUAUUGUCCUAAAAAAGGACAUCAACAUUUGUUGCAUUUGGAAGUAAAUAAGAAUACUUUACCACGGCGACAUCAAACCUUGCUGCUGUUGAUCGCCGUCAACGGCCACUCUCCAUUGGUUCGAAAGACGGCACGAAAAUUCCGCGAAAAAUAGAUAUUGGGUUAAUCGCGAAUUCCCACAAUUAUCAGUUAUUUAUUUUAAUAAUUUUAUAGAAUUUGAAAGUUUUUGAAAAAGUUUCUCAAAGGAAAAAGAAGAUAUAAACAUUUAUCAAACAUGCCACCACCAAAAGACCCAGAGGUCCUAUGGUCAGAUAUAGCCAGCCGUAUUUUAAUAAAUGUGGUUUCUCAUCCUAUGGAAUAUGCCAAAGUUCUGAUACAGAUUGGACAUGAACCUAUUCCCCCAAAACCAACUGUAACUUUAUUUGGAAAACCAGCAUUAAAAUUACCUAAUAUUUUUGCAUACGUUAGACAUAUAAAAAGAGUAGAUGGCUUCACGGGUUGCUAUAGAGGUUUGGUACCAAAGUUAUGUUCUUACACAAUCAGCACAAUAGCAUCUCAAAAAACUGCAGAAUAUUUGCAGUUAGAUGUGAUGCAAAAUGAAGAUGAGGAUGAAGAAGAUGAAAGCGUGAGGCGUAAGAAAUGUAUACGUGAGCUUACAAGAGACACAAUUAGUAGAAUAGUUGCGAUCGUAGUUAGUCAUCCUUUGGAAGUUAUUUCAUUAAGGAUGAUGGCACAGUUUGUGGGUAGAGAAGUAAAAUAUCGUGGUAUAUUCUACUCAUUUGUGGAGAUCUACAAGGAAAAUGGUUUCCUAGGAUAUUACGCAGGAUUGAUACCGCGUCUCAUAGCGAAUGUCUCAGUUUUGAUACUAGCCAGUGCCUCCACAUAUAUCUUAAACAAUUACGUCGUUCACGAACAAGCGAUGAAAGCAUACACCGCGUCGACCAUGAAAUUUUUAGCUACGACCAUCACGUAUCCAUUUUUGGUGGUAUCACAUUGUAUGGCAGUAAAUAACUGCGGAUUGGUAGCCGGUAUGCCACCACAAAUGCCGAUCUACGAAAACUGGAUACAGUGUUGGUCCCAUCUGACAGCCAAUAACCAGCUGAAGAGAGGUAGCAGUUUGUUAUGGCGUUACUAUACCGGACCGCAAGUGCUGAUAAACGGCACGCUAAUGCCGAUUACGAGUGAUACUUUCUACCAAUCGGUGCAGUAAUGAAUGUCUCAAACAAGUUGAAAAAAAAUCUUUUGUCAAAUUAAUAAGCAAUAGAUAGAAGACGCGUAACAACAUUACCUUAUGCAAAAGGCAGUUGCAUAUUAUUACUUUUCUGUCAUCUUGUAACCGACACGAUAUAUUAAAUUUUCUUUCCAAAAGAAAUCGAAAAAGGAAAACUCACAUAGUUUUUCCAAAUUAGACAAUGACGAAUUAUAUAAAAUAUAAACAUAUUUAAAUAACGAUUAAUGUGCAUAUUUGUACUUAUUGCUUUCGUUUUUUUUAUUUAUAAAACAUGACUAUUCGCAAGAAUUAAUUUCUGAAGACACUAAAAAAAAUAGCAACAUAUAUAAAGUAUAUUAAUUUGAAAUCGCAUAAAUUUCUCCGCAGCGUUCGUAUCAUUGUCGUAUUGAAAAGUAUAUGCAUUUUUACUUUAUAAUUUAUAAUUAUCGCAAAACUUCGAGUUAUAUUAGCUAUGAUAGGCAAUGAUAAUGAAUGAGCAACAAAACGAAAAAGAAAUUUUUCACAAAUUUAAUCGAGCUAAAUUUUUCAUUUUUGGUUACAUGAAGAAAUUUCAGUAUAUCUUUGAUUACCGUACGUGCUUCUAUCGAGUCGAUUCUGUAUAUGUAAUAUUUUUCAGGUAUUUAAUACAAAUGUUAUAUAAAGAAGUGCAUUCUGUACACUAGCAUUUGUUAGCAAUAGUGUAAUUAGCAAUAGUAUUAACUAUAUCAAUUUUACGUUAUGUUUAUACAGCGUACAUAUAGUUGUACAGUCAUAUAGUCAUAAAAAGGAAAGAAAAGAAAGAUUCAGUGGCAACGAAUUUUUACGUAAGAUUACACGAAAAUGUUUUAAUGCGUUAAGUACUCUUGAAUUGCAUUAUUGAAUCGAUAGGGUACUGUGCCUCGAGAUAACAUCGCAAUCCAUAAGAGAUAAGAAUACAAUUAAUAGAAAUACAUUUGAGGACGCUAUAAAUUUCGAGACUUGAUUUUCUGUACAAUAUCAAAAAGAAGUAGUAAAUAUGCUCUUCGUCA